AUGGUCAGGCUCAUUACUAGGGUCUCCAACAGUCGCGGAGGGCUGGGGAAGGACAACCACCUCAAGUUGUACCGCGUCUUCCUAAUGAGCCAUAUCACGUACGUGGCCGCUGCGCAUGGCUGGCACGGAUACAAGAUGGAAAUUCUCGGAGUGCUUAUGCGCAAGAGCAUAAAAAAGGUGAUCCGCAUCCCCAUGGCUGCCAUCGCGGAGAAUCUCCUGGGACACCCUGUAUAUCUUAUAGGAGGAGGACCACCACCGGCACCGAUGAGUGUUUUCUCAGCACUUGUGGGCUCCGUAGCUGCUCACAUGACCACGCGCAUACCAAACACUGAUGACAGCGACGGAGCACUCUACCUCCCUCCCAUUGAGAGUGAACCUGUUGUGCGGCUGCUGCCGCCCAUGGUAACAGGCGAGCAGGACUCGCUUUUUGACAGCUUUGGUACAGUACAUACACUUGCCAGAGUCUACAACCCCAUGUAUGAGUCGGUGCAUGAGGUCCACGCAGGCGAAAGCUGCCAAGGCAUCCCACCAGCGCAAGACCAAGUCGCCCAAGUCGCAAGACAAGUCUCCCGACCAUCUACAAGCUACCGAGGCAUAACACCAACACCCGAGGAAAAUGCCUCAGUACCCGAGGAAAAUGCAGAGGCUCCUGGAGGAAGGGCUGGGCAGCUCAGAGGUCGGAUGGUAUUUCUUCAGCAGGCUCUUGGUGAAGAACCUGACGUUCGGAUGACACUUCUGCGUGAGGAGCAUGCUAUGCGCCUGAAGCUAAUACAGGACGACCACAUAGACUUGCUCAAGAAGAGGGAAGAAAAACCCAAGUUGAAAAUGGAAAUUCUGCAAGUGCAAAAGAAAACUCAUCAAAUGAGGCAGGAUAACCUCCCACUUCAACAGUGGGCUGAAUAAACCUAAAAAUUCUUCA